AAAUAAAUAAUCGUCAGUAUGAACGGGCCAAUGAUUAUGAUGGAAACCUUCUUAUACUUUGCUUAUGGUAGUAAUAUGCUUUCAUCGCGAUUACUUGUUGCUAAUUCAACUGCGCGGUAUAAAGAUAUUGCUUGCUUACAAGAUUAUAGAUUAGAUUUUUGUGGAUAUACUCCGGUUUGGGAGGCAUCACCGGCAACUAUUGUAGAAGCAUCGGGCUCACAUGUAUGGGGAGUUAUGUGGGAAUUAAAUAUCAGUGAUAUCAAGCAUUUAGACGGACAAGAAGAAGUACAUGUUGGUAAUUAUAAACCAUUGACAGUUAGUGUUACGACAGUUGAUGGAAAAAUAUUUAACUGUCGUACUUAUAAAAUGACCAUUGAUCCUGAAGAUAAUGUACCUUUGGAUAAAUUACCUGAUCAUCGUAGACCUUCUCUAAUUUAUUUAAAAACAGUAAUCAAAGGUGCACUAGAACAUGAUUUACCAAAAAAAUAUAUAGAAAAUUUAAAUUCUACAAGACAUAAUGGCCAAGAAUUUCCCAUUCCCAUUGGAUUUGAAGGCUUCAGUGAUACUUGGAAUUGAAUUUUUCCAUCACAAUCUGGAUCCCAGUGAUAUUUAAAUCCAAUAAUUUUACGAUCUUUU